CCCGUCGAGAGAGAGUCGGUGAGUUGGCAGGAACAAACGUUUUAACAAGAGAUCUGGCGAGAGAAUAGAACCUGCUUGUUGUAGAUAUUGAAGUAGAUGUUGAAGAGGUACCAGAGGCCGAACAAGGCGCCGAGUUCGAGAGUCUUGAAGAGCGUGUUCUCGGCGGCGUGUGGAGGCGAAGGGGAAGAGAGAGGGCGGAACUUGAAGGAAGAGGAGGGAGAGAGAGUCCAAGAUCGGCGAACGAAGGAAGAGGAAGAGACGCCGUCGGCGUUGCCAUGUUUGGCAGAGACGCGAAGAGAGAGCGAGGGUCUCAGUCUGAAGGCGUUUGGGGAAGGGUUUGGGAGAGGGAGCGAGGGAGAGAGAGUGAAACAAACGGAACUGAAGCGCGCGGUUUCUUUUCUCUUCUCUUCUCGUGUUUGGUUAGGUUUUAUGGAGAGGGAGAGUCCCUCGGAGAUUCCGCCACCACCUAUGUUUUGUUUGGUCACUUGGUGGAAAUGGAACGAAUGAAUGAAUGGGAGUAGGUAGUAGUACAAUUAUAAAGGUUUUAUUCUUCAAUAUCCACUUUUAAAAUUGUUUUCGUGUUUUACUUUUCUGAUUGGUCGUGCAUUGCGAAUUGUUGUAAUUGUGGUGUUUAUGUAGUUUUUGUGGAUUUUGGAUGACAGGGAAGGGGUCCUAUGGAGCUGUUUACAAAGCAAGGGAUUUGAGAACCUCGGAGAUGGUUGCUAUUAAAGUAAUACCGUUAUCUGAAGGGGUGAGUUCAUGACUUCACG